GCCGGGAGGAGCGGGGCGUUCUGGUCGUUUAGCUUUCCCUGUGCGGUCUCGGCGGGUGCUCUCUCCCCUCCCCUGCACCUGGCCUGGGGGACCUUCAGGGCCUCAAGUAGGGCACCAGAAAAAGGCCUCCUAGGACUAACCCAAGGAAAGUUGAAGGGAAAGCAGCCAGUUGAUCCCCAUGGCUCUCAGGUCCCUGUGACAGUGCUGCCCAGGCCCUCUGCAUCAACUUCUGCAUCAUGGAGCCUCCUGGUGAGAAUCCAGGAGAGGCUGAAGGGCUACGCAUCACACCCCAGCUGCUGAAGUCACGCACGGGAGAGUUUGCCCUAGAGUCCAUCCUGUUGCUGAAGCUGCGAGGCUUGGGGCUGGUGGACCUGGGCUGCCUAGGAGAGUGCCUAGGCCUUGAGUGGCUGGACCUGUCUGGCAAUGCACUUACCCAGCUGAGCCCACUGGCUUCCUUGCGCCAACUGGCAGUGCUCAAUGUUUCCAAUAAUCGGUUGACAGGGCUGGAGCCACUUGCCGCCUGUGAAAACCUGCAGAGUCUCAAUGCAGCGGGCAACCUGCUGGCCACUCCUGGCCAGCUGCAGUGUCUAGCUGGGCUGCAGGGCCUCCAGCACCUGCGGCUCCGCGACCCUUUGGCACGGCUCAGCAACCCACUGUGUGCCAGCCCCUCCUACUGGGGUGUGGUUCGAGAGCUGCUACCUGGCCUGAAGGUCAUAGACGGGGAGCGUGUGAGUGGGCGAGGCAGUGAGCUCUACCAGUUGUGCCGAGACCUGGACAGCUCCCUGCGCUCCAGCUCCAGCCCAGGUCCCAGAGCUACUGAGGCCCAGCCCUGGGUAGAGCCUGGGUACUGGGAGUCCUGGCCUACCCGAAGCAGUUCCAUCCUGGAGGAGGCCUGCCGGCAGUUCCAGGACACCCUACAGGAGUGCCUGGACCUGGACCGCCAGGCUAGUGACAGCUUGGCCCAGGCCCAGCAGGUUCUUAGCCCUGUGGGCACCACCUCUUCCCUUGUCCUCUGAAUGUGCCCCACAGUCCAGUACAGCAUGGCAGGUAGCUUUGCUGCCUGCAUCUCUCUUCCCUGCUUCUGCACGUUUCACCUGACCAGGGACCUGCAAGCCAUGCUGUUUAUUUAUCCCUGUCCCAAGAGGAGCCCUACUUCCUGUCCCCUCAGGAACACUUCCCUGCCCUUCCUCCAUGUCAGUAGGGUUGCACCUCCAAGUCUGCAUCCAUAGCAGCUGCUACUCCUGGCUUCCCCUACCUGAGACUUAGUGUCUAGAGUUACCUCUCACACACCAACUCCAUUAAAUAGCUCUGUGUCCAUUUGUA